AUGGCCAACCCGCAGCCCCCCUCAACCGCCAACACCCCCCGCUCUUCCACCCCCACAACUGCCCAGCCGCCCCAAACCUCCCAGAACUUCUCCUCCCUCGUGUCUACAAUUCUCAAGACCAGCGGCCGCGAGCCCCCCCCCCUCGUCGGCUCCUCCACCACCGUCAUCGGCGACACCCUCUACGCCUUCGGCGGCCGCCUCCUCUCGCGCACAACCCCGCAGCUGACAUGCCACAUGUACGCGCUCGACCUCAUCACGCGUGUCUGGGUCCGCCUCGACACAAAGGGCGACAUCCCGCGUCCGCGCUACUUCCACAGCAUGUGCGCGCUUGGCGACACGAAGCUGGUCUGCUUUGGCGGUAUGUCACCGGCCACCAGCCAGCAGGGCGGGCCCGGCGGUAUGGGUAUGACCAUGAAUGCGCCUGGCGGUGGAGGCGGGGCGUCGGUGUCGGCGGGCCCCGACAGCCAGAAUGAGGUUAUGGUCAUGAGUGAUAUACACAUCUUUGAUAUCCAGACCAAUACGUGGACGUUCAUACCGGCGCAGGACCCGCCGGAAGGGAGGUAUGCGCAUUGCGCGACGGUGCUGCCGACGUGCGCGACGUUUACGAGUGCGAAUAGUGCUGCGGCGCCGGUGGUGGGCGGGCUGGGGCUUGACAGUGUCGGGGGUGCGGAGAUGGUGGUUGUGGGCGGGCAGGACUCGGCGAAUCAUUAUAUUGAGGAGAUUAAUGUUUUCAAUUUGAGGUCGCUGAAGUGGACGUCGACGAGGGCGCUGGAUAGGUCCUGUGGGGCGUAUAGAUCGGUCGUGGCGCCGUUGGGCAGAGGGUUGACGUCGUCAAUGAUCGGUGCGAAAAUUGAGAAGGGAAUCGAGAAGGGAAACGAGAAGUCCAGCACCAAUGGCACAUAUGCGGAUAACGAUCCAGCCGUUCCCGGUGCGCCUCCGGUGCCGACGGAGACGAAUGCAAUGCUCAUCUAUUCAAACUACAAUUUCUUGGACGUGAAGUUGGAGCUUCAGAUACGAUUGCCGGAUGGGAGUUUGACGGAGAAGCCCAUGAACGGGCAGUACUCACCCCCGGGUCUGCGCUUUCCCAAUGGCGGAGUCUUGGACGAUCACUUUGUUGUGAGCGGCACCUACCUGACCAGUAGCAAGCAAGAGUACGCCCUCUGGGCAUUGAAUCUCAAAACACUUAUAUGGUCCCGCAUUGAUGCGGGCCAGGUCUUUGCACAGGGCUCAUGGAAUCGGGGCAUUCUGUGGAGCAAGAGAAAUGCAUUUCUAAUUCUGGGCAACAAGAGCCGGUCUCUCGUCGAAGACUACAAUCACCGCCGGAUCAACUUUACCCAUGUCUGCAUGGUUGAGCUGGAGGCAUUCGGACUCUAUGAAAACCCCAGAAUGCACUCCCACCCUGCCCUCCAGCGUGCAUUCUCUCCCGAGGCCCAGGAACUAGGACGUCUUGUGUUCGGCAUGCGUGAGAUGGCCGAUAUGGACUUCCUGUCCAUGAGCGGCGAGAAGAUACCCGUCAACUCCCGCAUCAUUUCUCGCCGCUGGGGCCCAUACUUCCUCGAGCUACUUAACGCAUCCAAUAAAGAGCUACCGCCGUCUCCCGGGGGCCAGAGCAGGGUGCAUAUGUCGCUGUCCAUCAACCAGCAGCAGCCCAUGGGCAAAGACCUACAGCUUCAACCCCCGACCACAACACAGUUCAAUCCGCUGGAACGACCAAGGAUCCUCUAUCUCCCGCAUACGCAGCAGACUUUGUUGGCGCUCGUGCACUUCCUCUACACGUCCACUCUCCCGUCAUCGGCCCACCCGCAGAGUAGCCCUCAGGUUCUGGCUUCGCUCCUCCAGAUCGCGCGGCCGUACCGCAUUGAGGGUCUUCUCGAAGCGGUCGUGGAGCGGUUACACCAAGCACUUGACGGUAAGAACGCUGCGGCCGUGUUCAAUGCCGCGGCGAUGGCCGCGGGUGGUGGUGCGGCGAUCUAUGGCGGUCUGGCAGCACCGAGGAGGAACCUGGAUGGGUUUGUGGGAGCCGAGGCUAUCGAGAAUGCAGAGGCGUGGAGAGGCGGGGUCAGCAGUGUCAUUGGGCUGCAGAAGAGGGGGUUGCGCGGCUUGAUGGAGGGCCGCAGGAUAAGGGAGAGGGCGAGAAGCAUGGGUGGCGGGAGAGCGUCGGAGGGUGCGGCGAUGGCCCAGGGGAUUGGGGCGAACUAG